AUGCGCGGCGAGAAGGCCCCUGGUCGGGACUACCGGUGGAUGAUGGGGGUGCGGCUGAAGAACGAGGCGGGCGCGCGGCCCAAGAGACACGUUCGCCUCGCCGCCUAUCGCGCCGUCGCCCUGCCGCAGUGCCUCGGCCUUGGCGACGACGGCAGGUGGCGCUGGCAGCACAUCCCAGUGGCGCUCCUCGCGGGCUUCAAGCUCACCACCUCCGCCCUCCCCUCCGCGCCCUCCACACCGGCUUCCGCCACCGCUGCCGCUGCAAGCACGGAGGGGAAGGCAGAGGUGGGGGGAGCAGUGGGCGCGCGGAGGGGCGGGGAGAGUCGGGCUGGCACUAUGUGGUCCGCGUCUGUGCAGCCGCAUGUGCGCCUGCAGGUGCUGACGCCGCUGCUGGGCAAGAUAGCACUGAAGCCAUCGCUGGAUGUGCUGCCGCUCCCGGCGCUCUGCAUCAGGCGCUCCUUCAACGUCGGCACCGCCAAGCUCUCCCUGCGCGCCAAGCUGCAGGCGGAGGGCGAUGCAUGGCGCCUGCGUCUGCCGUCAUGGACCCUGCAGCUGGACUGGCGGCCGGCUGACUCGGUGCGAGUGCAGAGGGAGGAGCAGCAGGAGGACUCGAUCGCACUCAAGUACACCAAGGGCUUUAAGAUCUCACGCGACUGCAGAGGGGUGGUGUCAGGGCUGAUGGAGCUGCCGUGCCGCAUCUCCUCGUCGAACGCAGCGCCACUCUUCUCUCUCUUCCCGCGCAAGUUCGGCCUCGAGUCGCUGCGCCUCACGCAAGUCAUUGGUACCAGGGCUCCACGCGACCCGCCGCUAUCAACGAGGCGGUACAUGCGGGCGGCGCAGCACAUAGGGUGCAGUGACGUCAUCUCAGUGGUGCCGGGACACUGGAUUGACCCCGGCUUUGAGCCCGGCGCUCCCGGCGAGAGGGAAUUCAACCUCGAGGUGGCCGAUGCAUUGGAGAGGCAGUUGAGGAGCACGGGGUGGGAUGUGUUGCGUCCGGACAGGGAUGCGCCCAAUCUUCAAUGGGAGCAGUACCUCAACUGGGUCUCAAAGCAGACCAUGAGGGGUGUACCGGUGAUAGAGAUUCACGGGCAGGGCUCCAACGCGGACUACCGGGGCUUUGUGCUGGGCGUCAUAGGUGACAAGGACACGCCUCUCAACAAGGAGCUGGCGCGUAAGUUUGGGCACUUUGCCAUGGACUGGCGGGAGCUGGCAGUGCCGAGGCGGGGAGGCACCAUUGUCGAGAGCUUCAACUCCGAUGAGGUGCUGCAAAUGGCUCCCUGGCACCGGCAGUGGGCAGUGAGCCGACUAGCCAAUCGCAUUGCGACAUGUGUGGAGCGCGCCAGUGCGCCCAACAGGAUGGCGCGCGGGGUGCACGUGCCGGCGUCUCUCCUGAGCGACACAGCGUACGACCGCGACCUCAUUCCUGAGCCCGGCAGCCCUGUUGCCACGCCCCGCUCCCCCUAUGGCUCCAGCAGCAGCAGCGGUGGUAGUGGCAGCUUGAGCAGUGGUGGUGGGCAUCAUUACAGUCACAGCAAGCUGUGGGCUGUGCCUGAAAUGGGGGACAGUAUGGAGCGGCGGACACAGCAGUUUAGGGGGGUAGAGAAGGUGCAGCAGCCGCCCCUGUGGAGGGGUAUUGUGUGGCCGUGGCAGCGCAAAGUGCAGCAGCGGGAAGGGGGGAAGAGGCAAGGCUGGUUUCAGCGGGAGUGA